GUACAUCUUAAGUCAAUCGCAAAGUCCAUACCCUGUGUUCAGUACAUAUUUUGGAGUAUUUAAAUUAAAGAUGGUGUAAACUCAAAACAUGAAUGAAUGGAAGAACAUGGUGUAUUGACAAUAUGAUGACCUAGAUUGUGGUCCUCAAAUGUCACUCUGAAGGACCUUUUCAUUCUCUUUGAGGUUGACAGCAUGGAGCUGAUCCGCUGCAAGGAAAUGGCAGACGAAUACCUCGGCUGCCUCGAGUUCUCGCUCCAGCCCAGUGUGGUAUACAUCUUUGAUCCAGCCAGCGUAGCAGGCUUUCAGAGUGACAGCACAGAGACUGCAGGUCAGCUGAAGAGGGUUAAAGUGGACAGCAUGGUGGAGGAGUUCUAUGAUGGGUUCAAAUGUCUGUACAACGAAGAGAUGACAGCAGAGGACGGGGGCGAGAGUGCAUCCCCAUGCCCACCGCUGAAGCCUCCUAUCAGUUGAGUUUAUCGGGUGUGGUCUGAGCUGGUUUCAAAAAGGCAAUGUAGGACUGCAUUGGUCUUUUAAGCACUCUUGUCUUGGUGCUUCCUCUUAAAUGCUGCAUUUAUAAAUAUACAUGCCAUCUGUUUUUGCAUAUUUCUGGGUAAACACUAUUAGCAUCUUAAUUUCAACCUUUAUGGAAUUUUUUUACUGCAAGUUCAUGUUUUGAUAAAAGUAAUUUUUUAACUGCUGAUAUUUCCAAAAGUUCUGGAAUACCAAAUUCCUACUCUUGCCAAGCCCUCAUCUUUUUGCAGUAUGUCAGUGUUCCUGUACUGUUGCAGAAAAUAUUAUGGCUAAGGCUAAGAAUUUCCAGUAAAUGUACAGAAAUGCUUCAGUAAAUGAGGACAAUAAGGUAAAUGUAAGGGCAGCUAAUCUCUCUUAAGCAAUUUUAUUGUAAAGCCAUUAUUUAUUACUGUGAAAAGAAUUUUUGAUUUAAGUUGUAGCAAGACCCAAAACUGCAUAAGCACUUUGUAUAUUUUUGCAUAAAUACUGUGAAGUAACUUUUGUUAUAGUCAACAUUUUUAAGUAAAUGUAUCUACCAGA